AUGAACAACUUGAGCUGCAAGGAGGAGAGGCACAACAUUUUUGCGGAGUUCAUUGCUGCCGAACUCUUGGAUUCGAGCAAGGGCUACGUCCUGGAAGUCGCUGGAGGGAAAGGAGCCCUGGCGAUUGCCUUGCAAGCACGUGGCGUUGAAGAUGUGGUGGUCAUCGACCCCAGGCCCAUAGCUGAGAGCCAGUGGACAGAUGCUUCCGCCACCCACACGCCAGAUACGGAGGCAGACAUUCACUCUGAGACCGCCGUGCGGCGGGUCAGGGCAUACUUUGACGAUUCAUCCCGUGACUUGGUCAGCGAUUCGCUUGCUGUGGUUGCCAUGCACCCGGAUGAGGCCACAGAUGCAGUGGUGGACCAGGCUCUGCAAGCCCAGCGCCCCUUCGCCGUGGCUCAGCGAAUUCACCGAUACAGCGGGCUUAUUCGCUUCCUGCGGGAGAAGGCCAGGGCUGCCAUGGGCUUUUCGCUGCCUGUUGAGCUAGUUUUCAUUGCAGAGUACAUUGCUGUAGAGUAG